AUUUCAAGUCUCCUAACAUGUUGCAAAGUGUUUUCAAUUUCAUAUAAAGACUUUAAGGACCACACGAACGCAACGCAGUGUAAAUUAUUCAAUCCUACAGUUUCAAUGGAUAGUCCAGUUUCCACCCACACCAGGCUACACGCGCCAAGGGAAGAAAACUUCCGGUGGGCCGAGCCACAGCUCCCCAACACAGCGGCCUCGCUGGCCUUAAUCGAUUGCUUCUGCCUGGGCAGUGCGCGUGACGCGGUGGUCCCGCCCCGAUCUACUGCUUCUGUCUGGCCCGGUCUCCAAGGCGGGAAAGAAGUUUCAAUACGGCCAGAGAGCCGCAGCGACCGGCCCAACCCUAACUAUCUUGCGCUGCCUUCUCCUCCUCAUUUUACACCCCGGACUCCCUGAAAUUACCAGAACCACGCGAGUGGAAGCAUAGAAUCUCAAGUCGCCGCCAUGUCCGAAGCUUAUUUCCGGGUGGAGUCGGGCGCGCUGGGGCCUGAGGAGAACUUUCUUUCUUUGGACGACAUCCUGAUGUCCCACGAGAAGCUCCCGGUGCGCACAGAGACCCCCAUUCCCCGCCUCGGCACUUUCUUCCUGGAGCGGAGUGCAGGCCCCGAGGGCGACAACGCGAUUCCUCAGGGCUCGAAGCUUGAACUCCCCUUGUGGCUGGCCAAAGGACUUUUUGACAACAAGCGACGGAUCCUUUCUGUGGAACUGCCCAAGAUCUACCAAGAGGGCUGGAGGACCGUGUUCCGUGCAGACGCCAAUGUGGUGGACCUCCACAAAAUGGGGCCACAUUUCUAUGGGUUUGGCUCCCAACUCCUGCAUUUUGACAGUCCUGAGAAUGCAGAUAUUUCCCAGUCUCUGCUGCAGACAUUUAUUGGACGUUUUCGCCGCAUCAUGGACUCCUCCCAGAAUGCUUACAAUGAGGACACCUCAGCACUGGUAGCCAGGCUAGAUGAGAUGGAAAGGGACUUAUUUCAAACAGGGCAAAAAGGACUGAAUGACUUCCAGUGUUGGGAGAAGGGACAGGCUUCUCAGAUCACAGCGUCCAGCCUUGUUCAGAAUUACAAGAAAAGAAAACUCUCUGACAUGGAAAACUGAAGGCUGGGAGAAUGCAGAAUCACGCCUGUUGAUGUAUCCCUUUUAGGUCCUUGAAAGGAGCUGGUUGACCUUGUCAUAACCAGAAUCAUGCCCCAUUUCAUGGCUUAUUUCAGCAGCAGUCUCAGGAGUGGUACCAUCUAGCUGGGAAUGGAUGGUUGUGCUGGAGGAUGUCCUCAACCCUGUGAGUCUACCAGGACUAUCCCACUCUGCUGACACACAGCCUAGGCCUUACUAUCCAGAACCCAUAGCGGAGGAGGAAUCAGGGAAAUAAGAAUCAUUGAUGAAUACAUCGCAGCAGAGCUGAAACAGAGGUUCCUGUGUCUGGGAGUCUGGACAACCUCAGUUGUCCAUUUUCAUUAGCUGCAAAGGACAGGCACAAAUUGGAUCAUCUUCACCUUCACAAAAGGCUCUCUUGAGUUUAUGUACCUCAUCUUCCUGUGGUUGUACAACAGACAGCAUCCCCAUGAUGCAGGCCUGACUGGUCAAUAUCUCCUGCCACUCGCUUGUGGGGAGUUAUUCCAAUUUCCAAAAACAGUUCCUAAGUGUGUGGGGAGAAAAAGGAGAGGCAGAUGAAUAGUAUGGCUUUGACUAAGAAGACAUUGCUUUCACAUUCUGUAAUCUGGACUUUAUGAGAUGGAAUUCAUGAAACUGUGGUCAGCCUAGGGUGGAAAUCGUUCAACAUAGCUUCUUUUUGUCUGAGAUCCAUAGAAUACCCGCACACUCACUCCAUUCCCUGUCUAGAAAAGCUGUCAGGGAGUCGUGUGGAACUGCAAAGUAGUUAUUAAGGGGUGUUAACCAGCCAUUAUUACAUCUGGAAAUCGACACUUGAGCUUGUGGGUUGUGAAGAUCUGUGUCUGAGAAACUCCACAUGGCAGAUAAAAGCCAGCUAGAGACCUUGAUUAUAUAUUUCCUCGUCAGUAAAGUUUGCAGCAUUAUUGCAGGAUCCCAGCCAUUUACAGAAAAAAAUGUUUAAGCAAACAAAACUUCACCUGGAGAUCGAGGAGGCUGCCUCAGGCUGAGUAGGAGUCAGCAUUUCCUGGGACCCGUUGGACUAUGUGAAAGGCUGUUCACCCCACACCACUGCUCCCCACCUCCGAUACUCCACACUAAAGAAAAAUGUCUUUGUUGUUGGAAAUUGUGGAGCGAUUUGGGUAUCCAGAUGGUGCAGAUAUCAAUACAAACUUAGAAUGACAGAAAUGCUUUUAAAAUGGCUGUUUGAAGAUGGAACUGGUGUUUUUAUCACUCGAUUUUAGUGCUAGAUAAUGAGUGGCUUGGCACGUAUAUACGUUUUGUACAAGUUCUAGUUCUGUAACUCUGGUACUGCAGAUGAUUGGCAGAGCUAUCGGAAUUUUGUCUUUGGUCGUAUUUGACCAUAAUUCCCAAAUAAAUCCAUGUUUUAGCAAUCAGUAUUUUGUUCAUAUAAUAUGCAUAAAUAUGAGUACAUUCUCUGUAGGAAACUACUGUGUCCUUGAAACGUGAGACUUCUGUUUCUUCCAUAGCACCUGGACAUAGCCGAAGCCCCGAAAACAAUUCAGAGUGAGAAAAGCACAUUACUUACGUUUGGCAUUACUGUUUUCACAGAUAGCUUUGUAUUAGGUUGUCAGAAAAAUCAUGACACAUUUUUGCAUAGAGAAACAAAACAAUGUCAUGGCUUUUCUGACAACUCAAUAUUUAAAGUUAAUCCUAAAUUUUUUUUCUCUUAAAAAAAAAAAUGUCUGCAGGGACCACAUACUAGAGCUAUAUGUAUGUGGACCUACCUUCAAAUCAUUUGCAGGAUCUGGCCUCCACCUCCACAUGUCCGUGGUGUCACUGGGCCCAGGCCCAAGCGACCACCAUUUCUUUUCCAGAUUAAUAAGGUUAACUCCUAAUUGCCUCCCUGCCUUCACCUCCACCCCAUGUUCAUAGCAGCCAAUGUAGUCUUGUUCAAAAACAUCAGCUCUCGGGUCCAGAUAGCUGGUGCAGUGGUAAAACAUGAUGCUCUGUGAGGGUGACCCACGUGGAAAGGUUCCAGGUUUACGUCUGUAAAGCCCCCUGGCCAUGCCAGGCAUGCAUGCCCAUGAUUCAGAGCUGUUUGGGGGUGGGAGUGGAUGAUGGCAUC